AUGUUUUCCCUCCAAAGCUGUAGUCUCCGGGUCGCGAGUUCUAUCACCAAACAGCACCUUUCAUUGGCCCGGCUCAGCGGUGGGAGCGGGACGCCCAGGUGUCUGCACUUCGACGUAGUAGUCAUAGGCGGAGGACAUGCCGGGACUGAAGCAGCCGCUGCCGCCGCUCGGUGUGGUUCUCGGACGUUACUACUGACGCACCGCCUGGACACUAUCGGUCAGAUGUCCUGUAAUCCUUCCUUUGGGGGUAUUGGAAAGGGGCAUCUAAUGAGGGAAAUAGAUGCCUUGGAUGGCCUGUGUUCUCGCAUUUGUGACCAGUCUGGUGUACAUUACAAAGUAUUAAACCGUCGUAAGGGACCAGCUGUGUGGGGUCUAAGAGCUCAGAUUGACAGGCAACUCUAUAAACAGAACAUGCAGAAAGAAAUCCUGAACACACCACUGCUUACUGUUCAGGAAGGAGCUGUAGAAGAUCUUAUUCUUGUAGAACCAGAGCCUGAACACACUGGGAAAUGCCGUGUUAGUGGCGUUGUUUUGGCGGAUGGAAGCCAAGUAUAUGCAGAAAGUGUGAUUCUGACUACCGGCACAUUUCUGAGAGGCAUGAUCAUAAUUGGAUUGGAAAUGAAUCCAGCAGGACGUUUAGGGGACCAGCCUUCCAUAGGGUUGGCUCAGACUCUGGAGAAGUUGGGGUUUGUGAUAGGGAGACUGAAGACUGGGACUCCACCCCGAAUUGCCAAAGAUUCCAUUGAUUUUAGCAUUCUAAACAAGCAGAUACCAGAUAAUCCAUCAAUACCAUUUAGUUUUAUCAAUGAGAGAGUGUGGAUUAAGCCUGAAGAUCAGCUACCAUGUUACUUGACACACACCAACUCUAGAGUGGAUGAGAUUGUUCUUGAGAACCUUCACCUUAAUAGUCACAUUAAAGAAACUACAAGAGGACCCCGAUACUGCCCCUCUAUUGAAUCAAAGGUUUUGCGUUUUCCAAAUCGCGUACAUCAGGUUUGGUUGGAGCCUGAAGGAUUGGAUUCUGACGUUAUCUACCCUCAAGGAUUAUCUGUAACACUACCAGUAGAGUUACAGGAGAAAAUGAUCACAUGCAUCAGAGGCUUGGCGAAAGCUAGGAUGAUUCAGCCAGGCUAUGGUGUUCAGUAUGAUUACUUUGACCCCCGUCAGAUCUCUCCCUCCCUCGAGACUCAUUUGGUUCAACGGCUCUUCUUUGCUGGGCAGAUAAAUGGCACCACUGGUUAUGAGGAAGCUGCAGCUCAAGGUGUGAUAGCUGGAAUCAACGCCAGUCUUCGGGUUCGUCGCAAACCUUCUUUUGUCAUUAGCCGUACAGAAGGUUACAUAGGUGUCUUGAUUGAUGACCUUACCACUCUGGGCACCAAUGAACCAUACCGCAUGUUCACUAGCCGAGUGGAGUUCCGUUUGUCACUGCGCCCUGAUAAUGCGGACAGCAGGCUCACAUUUCGAGGCUAUAAGGAAUCUGGCUGUGUGUCCCAAAAGCGAUAUGAGAGGGCAUCUUGGAUGAAGUCUUCUUUAGAAGAAGGCAUUUCUGUGCUGAAAUCCAUUGAGCUUCCUAGUGCUAAAUGGAAAAAGUUAAUCCCAGAGGCUCCUAUAAGUAUUAGUAAAAGUCAGCAUCUCAGAGCUCUAGAUGUUUUGAAAUAUGAGGAAGUUGACAUGUCAUUAUUGGCCAAAGCUGUUCCAGAGCCCUUGAAGAAGUACACUGAGUGUGGAGAGCUAGCUGAAAGACUGAAGACAGAAGCCGUUUAUGAAACAGCAUUGUUCCGUCAGCAACAAGAAAUAGAGGAAGUUCAGCGAGAUGAAGCUCUCCGGCUACCAAAAGAUUUAGAUUAUUUGACUCUCAGAGAUUUAUCUUUAUCCCAUGAAGCUCGAGAGAAACUACAUUUCAGUCGCCCACAGACGAUCGGGGCUGCUAGUCGUAUACCUGGAGUGACACCUGCUGCCAUCAUCAAUCUGCUCAGAUUUGUGAAAACCUCUCAGCAAAGACAAGCUGCUAUGAAUGAAUUACCUAAAACUGAUCAAUACUUAACGGAUGCUGACCCGCUUUAAGAGAAAGAGUUAAUAGCUUUCUGUUCAUAG